AUGAAUUCAGUCAAAAGAUUAAAACUAAGUACAGAUGAUACCAGUAAUUUGAAUGACAUACUAUAUCCUGUUUUACCAGAUGAUUUAAUUUUGGAUCCAAUUGUAAUCGAUGUUUAUGUAGAUACAGUAUGUGACACAAAAAAAAUUAGUCAUGUAAUAUUAGAAUUGAAUUCAAAGUUGCCUAUGUUAGAAUUAACUCAUUUAAAGCGAAUGAAAAAUAAAGAAAUUAUUCUUUGUCCAACAUCCACAAAACCAGCGGAAGUAAUGGAAUUGUUAUCGGAAAAAAAUUUUGAUCUUUCUCUACUUCGUAAUAAUAUACAUGCGGUAAAAGUUGCUAAAUUUCCACCUAAAACCAGAAAACAGUUUGAGAAAAUGAAUAAAUUAUGGCCUUGUAAUUUUCAUCCUGAUAAAUAUAUAGAAAAAAUAUCCACCAAUAAGUUAUUUACUCAGAUAGAUUUAGAAAAGCAUUCUCAGUACAUGCUUAUAGCUAUUGACACUGCAAAGUUUGCCAAAAGACAUAUUGGAGCAGUUGUUGUGGAUCCCAAAAUAGAUUCUGUAGUAGCCAUUGGAUUUUCCCAAACCAAUGAAGGACCGUGUCGGCACGCAGCUAUGGUAGCUGUGGAUAAUGUUGCUAAGACCCAAAAGGGCGGAGUUUGGAACAGUAAACCAAAACACCCCUCAAAAACUAGUGGAAUACCUGAAAUAUUUCUGAAACAUCUUCAGGAAAAGUAUAGCAACGUAACAUUUGGUUCUCAGGAAUUCAGGCUGAAAGAUGAGUUAAUCGAACCAACUGAUGGUCCAUAUUUGUGCACAGGUUAUUAUGUUUAUUUGACCAGAGAACCGUGCGUUAUGUGUGCAAUGGCAUUGAUCCAUAGUAGAGUAAAAAGAGUGUUUUUUGGAGUCAAUUCAACGAACGGAGCUCUAGAAACAUUGUGCAAAAUUCAUACUAUUAAAGAUUUAAAUCAUCAUUAUGAAGUUUUUGGUGGAUUAUUAAGUGGAAUUUGUAAAAGUUUGGAUGAUACUCUAUGA